AGGGAACACUUGACACAAGCAAAAGACGAGCCGUUGCGGCGACAGCGUCCGCUGCUGCGCUUACAGAGAACGGGACGACAGGCCCGCACGUUCGCAAACCGGGCUCUUUGCGAGGAAGCAACGUCAGCAUGAGGUCGGCAUGCUUCGGGCACGCAGCUAUAGUGUGGGCUCUCUCCGUCGUAGCUGCGCUGGCAGUAGAAGAAAUAUUUAGUACAGGUCCGUACGAGCCGUCGAACCGUGUUCCGCCAAGGCAGAGUGGAGCGACGAUGCGGCGCGUCUGCUACUACACCCUGCCGCCCACGCUGGACCCCAGCCGCCCGAUGGCCGACCUGUGCACGCACCUGGUGUGCGGAUUCGCCGCCGUGCUCGACGAUGCGGUGGUGCCGCAGCGUCCGGAGGACACGACCCAGUACAGGCGCCUGGUGGCCCUCAAGCUGGCCAAUCCUUCGCUCAGGGUGAUGCUGUCUCUUGGCGCGACAGGUUCCGAUGGAGUCUUCAGCGCCGUCAUCGCGGCGCCGGAUCGUAGACAAAAGUUUAUAGCAUCCGUCAUAACGGUCCUUCGCCAGUACGGAUUCGACGGGAUCGACAUCGACUGGGAAUUCCCGGGGCAGGGAGCUCUGCCGGAAGAUGACCGGAAGAACUUUGGCGUCUUUCUCAAGGAAGCCCGCGAGUCCUUCAAGAACGAGUCGCACGCAUCUCACCGCAACGAACUGUUGCUGUCAGUGGCUGUGGCAGCCACGGCACAGCUCAUCGACACAGGCUACGAUGCCAGAGUCAUAUCACGGUACGCUGACUUCAUCAAUUUGAUGUCCUACGACUACCACAUGUACGAGCCUUACCUACCGUUCACUGGCCAUAACAGUCCCUUGUUUAGACGCAAAGUGGAAAAAAGCAUUUUUUCCACCCUUCACGUGGCCUGGUCGGCAGAGUACUGGGUGCAGCGGGGCGCCGACCGUUCGAAAUUGAUCGUGGGCCUCCCGCUAUACGGACGCACCUACACGCUGCUGCGACAGGAGUCGCAUGGUUUCGAUGCACCAGCCACGGGCAUUGGACCAGGCAAUGGCUCCGUUCCCUACCCCUGGAUUUGCCAGUUCCUGAAGGACGGUGCCACGUCAGUGUUCGACGACGAAAGCCAGGCGCCGUACGCCUACAAGAAUUUCACCUGGAUCGGCUACGACGACGUCGCCAGCAUCCGCUCCAAGGUUGUGUGGGUCGUUGCUCGAGGCUUCGGCGGCGUGAUGACCUUCGCGCUCGACUACGACGACACCGACAACGAGUGCGGACACGGGCCCUUCCCCAUCCACGAGAUGAUUCGCAACAUGCUCUCGUCCUGACCCCGCGGCUGACGCUCGCACAGCGAAACACGUCUGGCAGGAAAUGGCACAUCGACGAUCGCAAAUGCGCGGCGACGUGCGGCGGGCCCACGUGCCAUGCCCAGCUGGAGAGAAACGGUUGUGUCGGUAUAGGGCAAUUCUAGCCAGCCUAGUAUCGGUGAAACACCUGGCCUGCAAGAAGCACGAGAACCGCAUCCACAUCACUGACCUUCACUAAAGUUGCUCCCUCUGGUGGAGAUCAGUGGUUCACGUCCGAACGCAAUUAUAUGAUCGUGAUCGCUUUUUGUAA